CUCAGUCUAUUUCGGAUGGCCGUCAGUUGAGCUGUGGUGGCUUUGGUCAGCUGGUGACUAGAACAGAAAUAAAACUAGUAAUAAACUUCUGUAAAUUACAUAAAAUUGCUGUCUUCAGUUGUUGCGACGCAUAAAUUACAAUAACCAAAAACCGUUCCAAUCUUCACAUUCCUCUUACUCCGCACCUCUUCACACCCCAUUCCAACCAAGAUGAACGUUCAAACGGAGUUGAGCCCCAGGCAAAAGCAAACCACUACUCUCAUGUCAGUAUUCACUUCUUUCUUCGUCAUGUCAUUUCUGGGGCAAAACGCAUACUUCCGUGCGUUUCUUUUUUUUCUAACAAUUUAUUUGGUGCGACACCCAACAGUGGUGUACAUCAUUGCGAAAACCUGGCAAAGAGACGUAAUUUCGGGCUAUCGUUUUGUUCGAAUGCUGUUUUAUAUGAAUAAGAUGGAGCGUAAGGGAUGGACUAUAGCUCGCAUCUUUCAGGAAAAUGUCAAACAAAAUCCAACAAAGACCUGCUUCAUAAUGGACGAGCGCACCUACACUUAUCAAUACCUGGGAAAUGUUAUGAAUAAAGUAGGCAGCUACUUCAAGACUAUAGGCCUGCAACGAAAUGAUUGCGUUGUGCUGCUUAUGGAAACUCGUGUUGAAUACAUCUGCAUAUGGUUGGGCCUUUCGGCGAUUGGUGUGAAAGUUGCUCUUAUCAAUUCCAGCUUAAAAGGAGAAACAUUGUUGCAUUCCAUUAAAGUUGCCAAUGCUAAAGCUAUUAUUGUCGGUUCAGAGCUUGCUAGUUGCUUAAAGGACAUUUUGCACCAUAAUGAUAUAGCGCCCCUACCCAUCUAUCAAUAUAGCGACAAUGAACAAUUGGAGAGUGCAAAAUUUGAGUUUCUACCAGGUGCUACAAAUUUAACAAAGGAAUUAGAUGCACAAAAAAUUAUGGAUCUCAGCGUCGAUAUUGAGAGCGGUAGAUUAUCAGAUAAGUUAUUAUGUGUGUAUACCUCAGGUACAACCGGCUUGCCAAAAGCAGCUGUGAUAACUAAUCUAAGAUAUUUGUAUAUGUGCUCUGCUGUGUAUUUUAUGGUAGACUUACGUACUACUGAUGUCAUAUAUAAUCCGCUGCCACUUUAUCAUACUGCCGGCGGCAUAGUGGCUGCUGGCAUUUCAUUGAUCCACGGUGCAACAUCUGUUCUGCGAAAAAAGUUUUCGGUUUCUAAUUUCUGGAAGGACUGCAUUAAAUAUGAUUGUACUGCAGCUCAGUACAUAGGAGAACUUUGUCGAUAUUUACUUUCGGCGCCUCCAAAACCUGAAGACACGAUGCAUAAUAUGCGCGUAAUGUACGGCAAUGGCUUGCGUCCGCAGAUUUGGCAACAAUUUAUGUCCCGUUUCCAGAUACCGCUAAUUGGCGAGCUCUACGGUUCGACAGAGGGCAAUUCCAAUUUAGCUAAUGUUGUUAACCAAGUUGGCGCCAUGGGCUUUGUCCCGGUCUUCGGACGAAAAUUUUUACCAAUACAAUCAAUAAAGUGCGAUGAAGAAACUGGAGAGCCUAUACGAAAUAAAGCUGGCUACUGUAUUCGAACUAAACCGGGAGAGACAGGGCUACUAAUUGGUAUGAUAGAUCACAAACGUGCGGGUACAGCAUUUAAUGGCUAUGAGGAUAAAGAAGCAUCACAGAAGAAGAUACUGAAAGACGUCUUUGUUAAAGGCGAUUUUUAUUUCAACUCAGGCGAUAUGGCAGUUUCAGAUUUAUUGGGCUAUUUCUAUUUCAAAGAUCGCACGGGCGAUACAUUCCGUUGGCGUGGCGAAAAUGUCGCUACAUCAGAAGUGGAGGCUAUUAUUACAAAUGUGGUUGGUCUACAGGAUUGUGUGGUAUACGGGGUUGAUAUACCUCAUGUAGAAGGUAAGGCUGGUAUGGCAGCAAUUGAAGAUCCUAAACGUCGAGUGGAUCUGCAGCAGCUUUCGUCAGGUAUACGUGCCAACCUGCCACACUAUGCGCAACCACUUUUUGUUCGUUUGAUGAAUGAUAUUCCCCGAACAGACACAUUCAAAAUGAAAAAACGUGAUCUUACGUUAGAGGGUUUCAACAUACAUAAAAUUUCGGAUCCUAUUUUCUACUUACAAAAGAAUGGCACAUAUGCGUUGUUAGACGAGGCGCAAUAUGCUAAACUGGUGGCUGGGGAGUCUGGGCUUUAAAUAAGUAGGAUCAGAGCAAAUAAUGACUUUAUUGCUAGUUAGUAAUUUAUUAGGUUUUUAGUGAAAGUAUGGAAUUGCAGCUGAAAGCUGGAUGUGUAGAUUUAAGAGGCGAGGCCAAAGUGUUUAUAGUAAGAUUUGUAUUUAAAGUUUUGUAUAUAACCAAAGUGCAAAUAAUUGCUGAUGUUAUUUACUUUUUUAAGUAUGAGGAAAGGAACUUUUGAUUGUAUAUAGUAAAUUAUAAAAUGUGGGAAAUUUGAAGCAUGCCAAUUAGAAAUUUUGUAAAAACUUUAUU